AUGGAUGAAAUUCUUGAAGAACUCAACCUGUCAUCACUGAAAAAGAACUUUCAGGACAACAAGGUUGAUCCUACAGACGUGCUGUCUUUGACUGAGGAGGACUUUAGAAGUCUUGGCGUGCAGACAAUUGGGGAAAGAGCACGAUUAAGACAGAGGUGCAAGAAUUUAGUUUCCGAGUCUAUGUCAGAAUCACCAGUUGUUCAACGUCUCCGGAUGUUUCAGUCUCAACGUAGACAACGGGUGAGUUGGAGAGGUCCAAACUCUGCUGCAUCACGAUCGACAACCAGACGACUACAUAUCGGUUGGAAACAUAAAUCUCGAAGCACGUACACCCUGGUUAGUGCAGGCAAGGGUGGCGGUUCUCAGACUUUUGAUGCAGAUAAAAAUCUGACUUUAACAGACCUUGAAAAUAAGGUCAUAAGCAUUUAUUUUCCAAGUGGUGUAAACCAAAGCCAAAACCUUGAGAUCUCUAACCUGACGUAUCACUUGGCUCACUUUAACGGAAAAAAGCUUCCGAACAAGAUCAAUAACGAAGAUUUUACCGUAGAUUUGCUGUAUACGCACAGAAAGUCCUACCCAAUUAGGAUAUAUCUGCACACAUCACCGGUUGAAGAGCAGACUGUCGAGGAGGGCUGCCCAGGAGAUGAGGAGCCUGAUGCGGUUGCGAUAGAUAAUACCUCAGUGGUGAUGGAUAUUGAUGAGAGUACGUCAGAUGACGGAGAUGAGCUCCCUUCACUGGAUAGUGGGACACCAACCAUUGUCUUUAAUGAAAGGCAUGGCCCUGUAAUGCUCCGAGAGCACACAGAGCGUGGGCACAGUCAAGACGAGAUUGCCAUCACUGAUGAAGAUCUGGAGCAGCCAACUGAAAGAGAAGUAUCUGAUGAGAGUGUCCACAACAUACUUCUGAGACUCAACGGCUGCACGAAUGUGGGUCGCUAUAACCUGGUAAACGUCACACGGGAUAACGUCCUCCCAGGAGCCUUGAGGGCGUUCAACAGAGCGUCAUUUAAUGCCACCAACCAGCUCUCCUUGAUCUAAACUACCCAGUUAUCUUUUGAGAUGGCGUAUCAGCCUUACAAAGCAAAACUUAUCAGACUGUUGGAGUGAUGAUGGCAUAUUCCCUUGUUCACGGGGGGCCACAACCGUCCUUUCUCAGCCCACUCCUUUAUGACGUCAUCGUCGGAGGUAUAGACGCUGCAGCACCUACUAUUGACCACAUUUACCAUCCUGAGUACAAGGAACAAAUAACUAAGGUAAAGUACUUUUUCCGUUCUCGGUCAUGUGCUUGCAAAAUAAACAUACAAUAUCAGUAUUUGUAUAACCAUAAAUAUGUCUGGUUACAAAGAACAAUAUCCAGGACAUUUGUUAUUGAACGUGCCUGUUUCGCA